UUCUAGAUCAACUUAGGAGUAACCAUGAUUUCUGACGGCAAGCUCUUGUUUCUGUUUUCUCCCCAGUCGCUCUAGUGAUACUAAUCAUGAUUCUCCAAAUCCAUUUUAGGAACCAAGAAACAAGACGCCAAGCUUCCCUAGAUACAAGAACAACUCAAGUUGCACUGGAUGAAAUACAUUCCAUUGAGCCAACACCAAUGAGAGCUCUCGAACCAUUGGUGGUGGCCUCAUUACCAAAGUUCAUGUACAAACAAACUGACCAGCUUGAUCAUGGUCAUGAAGUCAUAGAGUGCUCAGUUUGCUUGGGCACCAUUGUGGAGGAAGCCAUGGUUAAGCUUCUACCAAAUUGUAAACACAUGUUUCAUGUGGAGUGCAUUGAUAUGUGGCUUAACUCAAACAUAACUUGCCCAAUAUGCCGCACCCUGGCUGAGCCUAGGGACAAGCCAGAGGAUAGUACUUUGUGCACAGUGGUUCAACCCUUAGAUCCACCUAUUGAAGAUAGUAUGCCACAUGGUACAAGAUUAAGCUCUUUCCAGAGGAUGCUUAGUAUGGAGAGAUCGUCGAGGGGGAUUCAGAGUCGUGGAGAUGAAGGAAGCCCGGAAGAUCUAGAAAGACAGUAGCAAUUUCAUUGAAAGUAUUUAUUGUUGCAUUUACUUUUCUACCGUAGAAUGAUACACAUUAAAGAUUGAUUGACUUUGCAAUAAAAAUAUCUACUUCUUAAAAAAUUUCACCGCAAUCAGAUUAUGAAGUUAAGUUUCGUACCAAAA